CGGCUACAACCAUGAACUACCCCCUAACCCUGGACAUGGACCUCAUGAACUACAAUCUGGAGGACCUGUACAAGGAAUUAGGCAGCUACAACGACAGUAUGGAGACCCACACAAUGGAAAAUCACCUCUGCUCCACAGUUGAGGGGCCCCUGCUGACCUCCUUCAAGGCCGUGUUCGUGCCCGUGGCCUAUGGCCUCAUCUUCCUCCUGGGUAUGAUGGGCAACAUCCUGGUGCUGGUGAUCCUGGAGCGGCACCGGCAAACGCGCAGCUCAACCGAGACCUUCCUGUUCCACCUGGCCGUGGCCGACCUCCUGCUGGUCUUCAUCCUGCCCUUUGCUGUGGCCGAGGGCUCCGUGGGCUGGGUCCUGGGCAGCUUCCUCUGCAAAACCGUGAUUUCUCUGCACAAGAUCAACUUCUACUGCAGCAGCCUGCUCCUGGCCUGCAUCGCCGUGGACCGCUACCUGGCCAUCGUCCACGCCGUCCACGCCUACCGCCACCGCCGCCUCCUCUCCAUCCACAUCACCUGUGCAACCAUCUGGCUGGCGGGCGUCUUCUUCGCCUUGCCAGAGAUCCUUUUCGCCAAGGUCAGUCAACCCCAUUACAACGACUCCCUGCCACACUGCACCUUCCCCCAAGAGAACCAGGCCGAAACCAACGCCUGGUUCACCUCCCGCUUUCUCUAUCACAUCGGAGGAUUCCUGCUGCCAAUGCUGGUGAUGACGUGGUGCUAUGUCGGGGUGGUGCACCGGCUGUGCCAGGCCCAGCGGCGUCCUCAGCGGCAGAAGGCGGUCAGGGUGGCCAUCCUUGUGACAAGUGUCUUCUUUCUCUGCUGGUCACCCUACCACGUCGUUAUCUUCCUGGACACCCUGACGAGGCUGAAGGCCCUGGGGAGUAGCUGUGAGUUCAAUGGCUAUCUCUCCGUGGCCAUCACCAUGAGUGAGUUCCUGGGCCUGGCCCACUGCUGCCUCAAUCCCAUGCUCUACACGUUUGCCGGCGUGAAGUUCCGCAGUGACCUGUCGCGGCUUCUGACCAAGCUGGGCUGUGCCGGCCCUGCCUCUCUUUGCCAGUUCUUCCCUAGUUGGCGCAAGAGCAGCCUCUCGGAGUCAGAGAAUGCCACCUCCCUCACCACCUUCUAGGUCCUAGCCCCCCUUUGUUUCUGCUUUCCUCGGGGCAGGCAGUGAUGCUCGAACUCCUUCCAACAGGAUCUGGGAUCCUAAGAGCUCUCCUUGGCCAGUGUCUGCAUAUGGGGCAGCUGGAGGAACCAACCCCUCUUUCCAGGACACCCCCGCCAGCUCUUCUCCCCGCCCUGGGUCUAGGCUGGGGUCCAGGGAGGGGAAAGCAGGCCAAGGGCAAAGCAAAGGAUACCUGUUCUCGUCUGCAUCACUUUGGGCCGAGAGGACCCCACUUACCUUCUCCCAUCCUAACCAUCCAAAGCUCAGGAAACAAAUUUUCCUUCUGCCCCUGUCGAUAGGGAAAGUCAUUCCCCUUCCAGAACGUACUCCAUCAUCUUAUGGACCACCGACCUCCACAGCCACCCA